AUAUUCGCAAAAUGUCUGGCCGAGAAGGAGGCAAGAAGAAGCCCUUGAAGGCACCAAAGAAAGAAUCUAAAGUUUUAGAUGAGGAUGAUAGAGCAUUUAAGCAAAAGCAAAAGGAACAACAGAAAGCAUUGGCUGAAGCAGCAAAGAAAGCCAGUCAAAAAGGUCCUUUAGUUACUGGUGGUAUAAAAAAGUCUGGGAAGAAAUGAUCGUAAUAGCAAAUGAAAUCAUAUGAUUUACUGUGUCCAUAAAUGUUCACAUAUAACAAUGAUUUUAUAACAAUGAUUUUGAACUCAAUUUGUUAUACUGCAAUUUCUUUUUUAUGAUCCUUUAUCUCGUGAGAUACUUUAAAUCUGUAAAUAUAAUAUUACAUGUAUAUGUUGUUUAUUAAAUUUUUAUAGAAUUAAUAUAUGUGAACUUCAAAUCUUUGUAUUGGUUUUAUCGGCACAUUUCAUAUGUUUCGUGCUAUGUUGAUUUUGCAAAAGAAAAAAAACUACAGAUUAUCUGAUACAUGACUAUUGUUACUAUUAUUAACUGCUUUUGUAAUCAAUAAACUAUUAAUGAAAAUGUA